GGAUUCUCCAAGUACUACAACGAGAAGUGGCAGCUGGCGGAUAACUUAGCACUGGCAGAAGAUGAAUUUUUGGAAUAUGUCAUUGACGGCAUACACGAUGUCAAUCUACGCAAUCUGGCUAAGUCGCGUUCGUUCAAGACCGGAUUGGAGCUUCUGGAGGCAUUCCGAAACGUUGAGUUGGGCUACGUUCCUAAGCCCAAGUUACCGGAAGACCGUAGAGCAGGAGAUUUUCAGAAGCCACGAGGUAAUGCAGAGUGCUACAAUUGCCACAGUCGGGGCCACCUGGCCAAAGAGUGCCGCAGCCUA